AUGCAACUCCACCCACAUCCCCGUCACGCCAGCAUUCGGAACCCUCUCGCACGAAAGGCCGCUGUAGCUGCACCCACAGGCAGCAUUGAGCAACAAUUAGCGGAGCGGAACGAGAAGAUCAGUUUGCUGAUGGCAGAAGGCCAAUCUCUAGCCACCACUGAGCAAAAACAUCGCUCGUUGAUUAAACGGAUAACAGCCCAGAGGGCAGAAAGUGAUCUGAAGCUUGCGAAGCUCAAGACCGAGCAUGAGAACCUCAUGUCAAAAAUGGAACUCAAAUUUGAUGGUGUGCAACUCGCCUUGGAGACAUCGCGCAGAAACAUCUCGGAUUUAAACAAUGAGAUAAUAUAUCUCCGAGGGGAGUCUUCUACCAAGGACGGAAAAAUAGCUAGCUUGAAGGCUGAACUCGAGAAUUCAGGACAUCUGCUAGGAAACACCACCUCGGAGGCUGAUGAUGGACUUCUUGCAGAAGCGCGACUACGCAUCGCGGAACUUGAGUUGGCCCUUACUACCAGGAUAUCAGAUCAGAAGGCUACGCUAGACGGUGUUCACGCAGACCUUAAAGAAUACCGCCGCCGGGCGGAGAUGAACCAAAAGUUGUACCUUCAAACAAAGACAGAACUGGAGACCUCUGAGAAUAAACUAGAGGGCCUGCGGAUUAUCAUCGAAGAAACAACUAACAUCAGUGGAGGCCCGCAAUCAAACCUUCUUCGCCAGAUCGAGACCCUCCAAUCCCAGCAUGCGAUAGCUCGUGAAAACUGGCAAGGCAUAGAAGCGAGCCUCCUAUCUAAAAUUGCGUCCCAAGACCGGGAGCGGGGUGAGAUGCUCUCAAGAGAGGCGGAAUUUAGAAAGAAGGCCAAAGACCUGGUAACAUACUCCGAACAAUUUCCGAAUUGGAAGGGCAAUAGUUAA